CGUCUUGCGGCAACACUAUCUUUCGCCUAGUUUGCUUAUUGUAGCUUUCUCUCCUGAAAAUUACUCCCAACAUCUGAAUUCUCUGGAACUUUCCAGCAAAAGCAAACGUUAAUUACCCUACAAAUAAAUUCAAAUCAACCUUUUUUUUAGUUGGUUUCACUUUUAUUUUUCAGGAGUCUUUACAAACUUGUUAGACUAAUGUACGAAGCACCCGUUUUCUGCCCCGAAGUUCCAUACCCGAAGGUAUGAUCACAUCGUAUAUUUGUGAAAUCGACCAGCUUUACUGAACACCCGGUAUCUAGAAGCGUUUUAAGUUGGGCGCUUCGUUACUGAGUAAUGUCUGACUUUACUUAUUUGCUCUAGGAGACGGGCAGUGAGCUUUGCGUGUUUCAUUUUGUUUAAUUGUUUGCUUUACCACCGAUAACGCAAGUGAAUCGAUCCUUUUUGCAAUCAUUCCUGAAGGGAUUUUUAAAUUGUUUUUACAGCCGCCGAAAGCUCCCUUGCCAGAGAAGAAAGGAGAGAAUCAUUCUUAUUAAAUUUUGGAUCCGUUAAUUAUCGAUUAAUCGAUUUUAGUUUUCUAAUGGUACAUGAAAAUCCAGGAUUAAAACCGGCAAGGUCGUGCAGUUUAAGGAAAAUAUCGGCUGAUAACCGAGUGUGCCGCUUGACCGCACAUUCCAAGGAACAAACACGGCAUUUCUAGACUGCCGAAUUUGGAGAUUUCAUUCCGACUAUUUGCAUAAGUAUAAUUAGCCGUAAUUAUUUAAAUGGGUUACCACCGAUUAAGUGGAGUAUGCAUCCGUUAUCUGCGCGCUUAAAAGAUUUGAAAUACGACAUCGGUCUCAUUUUUUCCGAUUACGGGGUAAGGAGUAUUAUUAAAAACAGUUUAAGUUUUUGAACGUACGAGUAUAAGUGUGCGAUAUAUGAAUUCCAGUUACAUCCUUCUCCGAUCGUUCAUUAGUUUCCGAUGUUUCUCUCCUUUGGUCUCGUUCCCUUCCCUGUUUUCCGAAACUAAAAACAAAUUGGGCAAGGAGGAUAGGUAAUAAUUUUUUUCGCAGACAUUAACGUGGAAAUGUUCGUAAGUCGUCUACGAUUACUUUUUAACUUAUUAUUGCAGAAGUUUUGGCAUAAUUUCCUUGUUCGGUUGAUUAUGUUUUUCUUUGUUUUCUUUUUUAUAUUGGUGUAAUGAGCAUCAUUAUCAUAGCCUAAUUUUUCCAUUUAAACUGUGUAUAAUUACACAUCGAGUAGAUACCUUCGAUAUUUAGGUAGAUAACGUUAACGUGUUAAUUACAAUGAUAACUCUAAAUUGUGUGUGCGAUACCAACGAGUUUCCUAUAUCUAACUAGCACUAGUAGCUAGGUACGAAUUCCUAGAAAAUGUUAUAUGCAUUAUUUGUUUUCUAUUCCUGUUUUCAUCGCGUAUUGUUGUCAUCUGAUUCAACUGUCCAAAUAAAACAAGGUCCUACAAUUGUUGGUUUAACCCUAAGAACGGAAGAUCAACAGAAAACUUUCCAUUCGUUUCGUGGCAUACCAUAUGCCAUACCACCAAUCGGAGAACAAAGAUUUAUGCCUCCAGUAGCACUCUCUAAUUAUGCAUCUGUGAUAAAAGCCUAUAAUGAAGGUCCCUCUUGCGCUCAGUCUACCAUACCCUUCGUCACAAUUGGAGAGGAAGACUGUUUGUAUCUUAAUGUUUAUACACCGAUGCUGAAAUGCCAUACUCAGCUCCCCGUUAUGAUAUGGUUCCAUGGAGGGUUUUUCGAAAUUGGUGGACACACCUACCAAACGUAUCAUCCGGAUUACUUUAUGAACGAAGAGGUCGUGGUGGUUACUAUUAACUAUCGCUUAAAUAUACUAGGUUUUCUUAGUACUGAAGAUAUGGAAGCUCCUGGAAAUUAUGGACUAAAAGAUCAAAUACUUGCGUUAAAAUGGGUCCAAAAGCAUAUUAAGUCUUUUUGCGGAAAUGAAAGUAACAUUACUGUGUUUGGAGAAAGCGCUGGGUCAAUUUCAGUUUCUUACCUGACGCAAACACCUUUAACGAAAGGGCUAUUCAAUCGUGCUAUACUUCAAAGCGGAACAUCACUGUGUCCGUGGGGUUUAACUAGAAACCCAAAGUUAGUGGCUUUCGGGAUAGGAAGAAUGCUCAAAUUGAAUAUUUCAUCUAGCGCAUCCUUGGUACACGAUUUGAGAAGAAUAAAAUAUGAAGAACUGAUUGCCGCGGCUACAAUAUAUCAGUUGAAGACAUUAUUACUGGAAACAACAUUUAGCGGAUUUGUGUUUGGACCAUCUAUAGAACCUCGGCACGACAAUGCGGUAUUAACCACACCUUCACACCACAAUCUACUGAACGGAGGUUACCAUAUGAUUCCUUACAUCAUUGGUUUCAACUCGGGAGAAGCGUUUCCCUUCAUAAAAAUCAUUGGUGAAUAUAUCAACUGGUAUUUGCAUAGGUUCCGAUUAUUUCCUAAUGCUUUGGUUCCUAUCAGUAUGAACAUAAGGAAUGAACUUACACGGCACUUCGUGAACAGACACAUUAAGCAUCACUAUUUCAAAAAUGUAUCUGAUAAUAUCAGCAUUCUCAACUACUUCAACGACAAUGAAUUUAUACGGCCUAUUCUGGAAAGCGUAAGAUUGUAUUCGGAGAAUUCAAACGUAUUCAUGUACGUAUUCUCUUACAGAGGAUCUUUUAAUACUCCAAUAACGGACAAAGAUACCGGAUUAGUUGGUCACGGUGAGGAGUUGUCGUAUUUAUUUCGUAACACAUUCGCGCCAAUUACUUUAAAUAAAAAGGACCAAACAACUCGAUACAGAUUAAUUAAAUUAUGGACGAACUUUGCAAAAACGGGGAAUCCUACACCGGAAAAAGAUACACUGUUGGAAAGUGUGAUUUGGGAGAAUUGGACCAAAAGCAACAUGGUUUACUUAGAUAUUGGUCCGAAUAUAAGUCUCGGAAGACAUUUUCCAAUAGAAAACUUUCGAUUUUGGAACAGUUUAUUUAAUUUAUAUGGAAAUCCACCAUUUAGUACAUACUAAUUUGAUAAUAACAACCUUGUACACCUUUU